GUGAAUGGGAUGGAAGAAGAGUUCUUGUUUUGUAUAUCAGUUUCUGUCUUUUAUGUAUUUUUGGUUCAAAUGCACGCGAACAAAGCGAAGAUUCCUUAUGUUACACUGUACAAAACUUUACGGCGCUAAAGGGAGUAAAUUCAUCCGCGGGAUAGGGUUUUAGUGGUGAAAUGCUCGGCUGUUUGUAGAUAUAUAUAUUUAAAUAAUUGUCGAGUGUGUGUGUAAGUGUAUGAAGAUCGGGGUUUGACUGCUGGAGGAGUGUGUACGAGGCUCCACCCUCCACUCUGCCAGUUGGAUGGUGUUCAAGACGGCAGACGUUGGGAAGGCAGCUGUGUUGGGUUUUGGGAAGAAGAGAUCGAUGAUGGAACUGCUAAAUUUACAGGAAGCACUCAAAGUGGAAAUCCAGAUCCAUCAGAAACUCGUGAGCCAGAUGAAGCAAGAUCCACAGAAUGCAGAUCUGAAGCUGCAGCUCCGUGACCUGCAGGCCAAGAUCACAGCGCUGAGUGAGCGGCAGAAAAAGGUGGUAGAGCAGUUAAGGAGAGAUCUACUGGUGAAACAGGAAGAUAUGAAGCUGCAGACACUACAAGCCGAUGGGCAAAUGUCUACCUUGCUCAUCACACAGACACAGACGCCUCUGCCUGCUGCCAGCCUCACUACUCCACAGAGCUCUGUGGCCCCUGUCAUUGCUUCAAAGACUCUACCUCUGGUGCUGAGAGCUGCCACACCCACCUCACCUAUCAUCAUGACACCAGCACCUACUAUCACCGUGGUUACAACCCUUGGCAGCACACUCCUGGCAAGCCCUCCUAGCUCAGAUCCUCAGAAGUCCCCAGUAAACGUCCAACCAGUCAUCCAAACGACCAAUCAGGGAGCAGAGCCGGUGCGAGUCAUACCCAAUAGCACCGUCGUUGUGCAAGCUGCCUCCCAACCAAUCAAAGUUCCUCAGUUUGUCCGACCAACCAGACAGACAACACGGCCAGCCACUCUACCGCAGGUCAGGCCAAAACCACCAGUGUCUUUGUCUCCAGCUGCUGGUCAGGUUUCUGUGCACACCUUACAGUCACCGGUGUUACUGAGCACUGCCCUUCCUUCCUCUGGUCACGUCCAGCAGAUGCGAAUCCUCAAUGGCCUGCCCUGCCCCAACAGCUCUAACAACACAAGCAUCCUGAUCUCCCCAUCUACACACAUACUACCAUCUGCGCAGACACACACACAGCAGUUACCUCACAACAGCCCAAGCUCUGACAACACGAUACGUGCAGUGGAAUAUGGGACAGAGCCAAAGACUUCAUUGCUCAUCUCUCCAGACACGCCUACACACACUUCACCUCUACUGUCUUUAGAUGCGCCAUCUUCACCUGCCCCCACCAACACACACACUCCUUCCUCCAAACAUCAGGAGAGCCCUCUGAAACUGGCCUUCAUGUUGUCUCUGGGACUGGUCACGCGCGACUAUUUAGAAGAGAUUCAAAGCAGGCGUCAGGAACGCAAAAGACGAACAACAGCAAAUCCAAUAUAUAGCGGAGCCAUGUUUGAACCAGAGCGGAAGAAGAGCUCAGUGUCGUAUCUGAGUUCCAUAAACCAGUCCAGCAGGAAGAGAGCCAAUGAGGACAGCUUGUCAGAGAUUCUGCAGAAGGAAGAUGCCAUUGAGUGGCCAGGGACUCUUGCUAUUGUCCAUUCCUACAUCUCCUAUAAAGCAGCUAAAGAGGGAGAGAAAGAUCGUCUGAAGAGAUGGAGCACAGAGCUGCGGCAGGAGAGAGAGACACUGGAGCACAGAAUCGGACAACUCAGCAACUCUAUAACAAGAUGUAUGGACAGCAAGAACAACGUACUGGCCCAGCAGAGAGAGAUGGAGGCUUCGCUUGAGAAAAUGAGAGGGCUGGUGCAUUUGAUCAGAGGGAUCCAGUUGUCUCCCUUCAUCUGCCCUGGGGCCAUGGCUAACGGAGAAACCUCCCACAAUGGAGCUUCCAAACCCAGCAGCUCCAGUGCGGUCACCACAGACACAAACAACAACACAAAUGCCCCAACAAGCUCCUCGGAAGCUACGGUGAUAAUUAGCACCCUCACAAACACGAGCGAUACCUUAAAGCAGAUCGCCACGAAUAACAACCCAGAGGCUGCAUGUGCGAAGAGCGAUGAGUGCAGUGAGGAGAGCGCACAAAUCAACAGCACGUCCAGAAUCAAGAGCGAACCCACAAAUGCAAACGCUGUAGCCUUCAGCAAUAGCAGCAGCAACCAGGCGGUUCUCAGUACCAACGGAACCGUGUCCACAGGGGAGGAGAAUACAAAAAAACACAAAAACAACAGCGACCUCAGCGUCAUCCCACAGGCCCUCCUCGGCUCAAUCGUACCCCUUACAGAAGUGACAGAGGGGGUGAAAUAGCAUUGACUACCCCGCCACAGUUGGGGCCUAAAGCGUGCCAGUUAACAGUGUUGUUGUUUCGUGUUGUCGUUUCAUCUCUAGUAUCUAUGAGGGAAAGAAAAUCCAUAGUGCCAUUUACUACAUGCAGGAAGGAGGUUCCUAAAGUACCAGCAAUGUGUAUGCUCACGUAUGCACACCGAAAAGAUUUCUACAAAGAAUAAUGAUAUAGAAAAGAGUAAUAAAAUUUAAAGAUAUCACACCAUUGUGUGCCUGAUACAGUUGCCAUAGCACCUCUGAGUGGGAAAGCUUCUGAAGGCUGGAUCGGGGUGAAGAUCUCGU